CCGGAAAUGAUUGGUUGGCAUUGGCAACGUUUUAGGCAGGUCUAACGUCGUACACAGUCCCUGAAUAAAGAAACCGAAAGGAAGGGUUGUAAAAAGCUGAGGACCUCUGAACCUUUUUAUUCCUCCCACCCACUCACCACAGAGGAGCAAGGAGCGAGUACAGGCUGCAAAACAGAAUGACCAGCUCAUCUGCUCCCAGGAUGGUGAACAGUUACAAGCGGACUUCUAGCCCUCGAUCCCCGACAAACAGCGGGGAGCUUUUCACUCCAGCACACGAGGAAAAUGUGCGCUUUAUUCAUGAUACCUGGCAGUGUGUUCUCCGAGACAUCCGAUCAACGCAAAACAGUGAACGCAAUGACCGCGGACCACAGGAGUACGUGGAGAAGAACCCAAACCCUAACCUACAUUCUUUCACACCAGUGGACCUAAGCGACCUCAAGAAACGCAACACACAGGACUCCAAAAAGUCCUAGUCUUUCCCAAGACGGUCCAGUCGCUUCUUUCCACCCAUUAUCCUCGAGAACUUUUCCUCCCUCAGCCCGAAAGUCAGCCCUGUUGGCCAGUCUACCAACAGAAUGCCAAUCUCAUUUAUCAACUCUGGACCAUUGCAAUGCCUGCCUCUUUGCUUUCGCCUCUACAACCGACGACGGAGAAAAUAAUGGGAUUCCAAGGAGCACAAAUCCUCUCGCUUCUUGGUUCAUGUUUUUUCACGUCACACAAUUUUCAUAUGUACGUUCUUUAUGUGGAUGAGACUGAUGCAGACUUUCAUCAAAAUUUGCUGACAUCUGAUGCUGAGGUACAAACUUUCAACACUCCACAGGACACAAAAGACUGCAGUCUUAAAUAUAAAACCGUUUCUUUACUACUGCUUCCCUAUAUGACUUUGGAGGAAAAUGUGAAAGGGCUGACUUCUUUUUUUGUUUUGUUUUGAAAGAUAGUAUGAUCAGUAAAUCUUAGAAGUAAUGGAAUCUUCACAUUGAGUAUACACUUUAUGGGAAGGUUUUGGAAGCCAAAUGCAAUGUAGAAGGCCAACAUUUUUAUUAUAUAUUUUCUUGCCCGAAAAUGGACUUUACUAAGUAGAGACCUCCCCGAGUUUGCUGUCCUUGGUUGCACCCCCCCCCCCCCCCCAAGCCUUGAAACAAAAUGUUGAAUAAAGGACUUUUACAGUA